UUUCCUUGUGGUACACGAUGCAUCGGCCUUUAAAACAGACUGACCAUCCUGGUUUCCUCCUCUUCAUGUAGGCAAGCAGCUAGCAGCACUAGAAUACAUCUCUCUAGCCCAGCUUUCUCUUCAUCAUCGGAAGCUUUGGCAAGACACCAUCCAACAUCUGCUUGCUCUCGAGGAUCGCCUUCAUUGAUCUCUGGGAAAAGGGGAGGAAUCCACAGGAGUGUAAACAGAUGGAGGGCAAACGAUGGUUGUCUCUUCUCCUCCUCGUGCUUGUUCUCGUGGGCAUCUCCAUGGAUCUCCCGAGAGAAGCUCCGGCGGCUUCUUCUAAUAUCUUGAAGAGUUCAUCUGCCAGAAUACCAGUGAAUCCUCAAGGCGGAGAACAGAGAGAUGGAAGCAAGAGCAAGGGCAUUCCCCUCAAAGCAAACCUAUCGGUUUGCCAUGCUUCAUUCUCGGACGCCGAUCGUCCGGUCUACUGUUGCCCGGCCUGGAAAGACGCCGACCAAACCUUGCUCGACUUCGAGUUCCCGGAUCCGUCGUCGCCGGUGCGUAUCCGACGGCCUGCCCAUCUCGUCGACGAGGAGUUCGUGGCCAAGUAUGAGAGGGCGGUGGCCAUCAUGAAGCAGAUCCCGCCUGACCAUCCCCACAACUUUUGGCGCCAGGCCAACAUGCACUGCCUCUACUGCACCGGCGCCUACGACCAGAUGAACUCCUCUGCCCUCUUCAAGAUCCACAGGUCAUGGCUCUUCUUCCCCUGGCACCGAGCCUUCAUCUAUUUCCACGAGCGCAUCCUCGGGAAGUUCAUGGGAGACGACACCUUCGCGCUCCCCUACUGGAGCUGGGACACCCCCGAGGGCAUGUGGUUCCCCGACAUCUACCGGAAGGGAGCUCUGAAUGAGACGGAGCGCGACGCCAUUCACCUACGGGAGGCCGCCGUCGAUGACUUCGACUACGUGGAUCAUGACCUCGCCAGCGACGUGCAGAUCGCCGACAACCUCGCGUUCAUGUACCACCAGAUGAUCUCGGGAGCGAAGAAGACCGAGCUGUUCAUGGGUUGCAAGCUGCGGUCCGGCGUCGAGGGGUGGUGUGAUGGGCCCGGGACGAUCGAAGCGGCACCUCACAACACGUUGCACAGCUGGGUAGGGAACAGGUACAACCCCGAAAGAGAGAACAUGGGGGCGUUCUACUCCGCCGCGCGAGACGAAGUGUUCUUCGCGCACCACUCCAACAUCGACCGCAUGUGGACCGUGUGGAAGAAGCUGCACGGCGACAAGCCGGAGUUCGUCGACCAGGAGUGGCUCGAGUCGGAGUUCACCUUCUACGACGAGAAUGUGCGCCUGCGCAGGAUCAAGGUGCGCGACGUGUUGAACAUAGACAAACUCAGGUACCGGUACGAAGACAUCGACAUGCCAUGGCUCGCUGCACGUCCCAAGCCUUCCGUUCACCCUAAGAUCGCGCGCGACAUAUUGAAGAAGCGCAAUGGCGAAGGCGUACUGAGAAUGCCCGGCGAAACGGAUCGUUCACAACUCUCCGAAUAUGGUAGCUGGACACUGGACAAGACCAUCACCGUGAGGGUUGACAGGCCAAGGAUCAACAGGACAGGGCAAGAAAAAGAGGAAGAAGAGGAGAUCUUAUUGGUCUACGGAAUCGAUACUAAGAGAAGCAGAUUCGUCAAAUUCGAUGUGUUCAUCAACGUCGUCGACGAAACCGUGCUGAGCCCAAAGUCGAGGGAGUUCGCAGGGACCUUCGUCAAUCUCCACCACGUCUCGAGGACGAAAAGCCAUGACGAUGGCGGCAUGGAUUCGAAGAUGAAAAGCCACCUUAAGCUCGGUAUAUCGGAACUUUUGGAAGACCUCGAGGCAGACGAAGAUGACAGCAUCUGGGUGACACUGGUGCCAAGAGGCGGCACGGGGGUCAACACCACCGUGGACGGCGUCCGGAUCGACUACAUGAAGUAGUGAACCAGCACGCCGCUCCUCCCCUCCCCAUCAGAAGUGGUAUAAUAUUUAUAUUGGAUUGAGGCUCGUGGUAUCUUUUGAUAAGAGUAAGUUCCAUAAAUUUAGAAGAAGAAUCAUGUUCUUUAUUUAUAUUAAAUUAAUGUGAUUUGGCCAUCAGCUCUCCA